AUGUCGGUUAUUUUCACAUCUCCGAUCGAGGUAGAUCAGCAAAGCACAUGCUCACAUUCGUCUUCAUCUUCAGAAAAAAACGAUGAUGUAAAAAGUUCUCCCUCAACUAUAAAGAGUGGGAUUGCCCUCGCCAAAGCUAAAACAGACCGAGAUGUGGCAGAGCAGAAGAGAACAGAAGCUAUAUCCUUGAGGAAAUCUCGAGGUGAUCUUCCUGAAUUUCUUGAGAUUAUGGGAUCAGAAAUAGUUGAUAUUCACGUGGGACCACAGAAGAAGCUCUUCCGAGUCCAUCGAGGUAUACUUUGUGAUAAAGUGCCAUAUUUCCGAAAAAUGUUUUCAAGUGGUUUCGUCGAGGGAUUGGAGGGUAAAGCAUUCUUUCCAGAAGAUGAUCCAAAAUGUUUUGAUUUUUUCAUGGGUUGGAUAUAUUUUGGUACUUUGCGAGUCCUGAAUGCUUCUACCUCAUUAGAAAAGAUUGAGCAUGACCUGAACCUACUAUCGCUGUAUAGUUUCGCGGAUAAGCUAUGCUUGCCUGAGCUCAUGGAUCUUGUUCUCGACACAUACAAAAAUACAUAUGAGAAGUCUAACAGAUUCCCCAGGGUAAGUUUGGUCAGCGAUGUAUACCAAAUGACACCAAAAGACUCUCCUCUUCGAAAGCUUAUGUGUCACUGCAUGUAUUAUAUUUUCGUUGAAUACAACUCUGAAGAUAUUCGAAAUUUUUGGACAACUGAGGAUAUGGCAACAGCCAUGAGCCUCCACCAGGAUUUAACUAUCGACUUUCUCAAUCUGAUGAGAUCAGAUGCUCCAGGUUUUGCUCCUCAAGAUCCAAGAGCGUUCCCAAAUUGCGAUUUUCACUGCCAUGGAGAGGACGAGCCUUGCUCUCAAAGAUCAAACUGA